UAGCAGCGGCCCGUGGAGGUGGCGCUGGGGACUGUUUUCUCUCGGAGGCCGGAGCGGAGCCGCGUCUGACUGAGGCGGGCAGCGAGAAGGCCCCCUCGCCCCCUCCCUCCUUCGCGCCCUCCCCGCCGCCAACCGCCGCACCCGGGGAGGAGCCGCGGCCCGCGGGGCCGGAGCCAGGCCUGCGUUCGGGCAGCAUCCGAAGCCGGAGCGAGAGCCGGAGCCUCGGCGUCCCCGCCCUCUCCCCGCUUCAGGGCCAGCGCGAGCCGGGCCCCCCGCGCGUCGCGCCAUGGACUCGGACGAGGGCUACAACUACGAGUUCGACGAGGACGAGGAGUGCAGCGAAGAGGACAGCGGCGCCGAGGAGGAGGAGGACGAGGACGAGGACGAGCCAGACGAUGAUAACCUGGACCUGGUGCAUAUUGGGUACUUCCAGAAGUAUGAAUUCAGUGAUGCAAAGGACAGGCGGGCUGCAGCAGCAAAGAAUCCAGCAACUAUCACAAGAAUACUCCUUAGCCACUUCAAUUGGGAUAAAGAGAAGUUGAUGGAAAGGUACUUUGAUGGAAACCUGGAGAAGCUCUUUGCUGAGUGUCAUGUAAUUAAUCCAAGUAAAAAGUCUCGAACACGCCAGAUGAAUACAAGGUCAUCAGCACAGGAUAUGCCUUGUCAGAUCUGCUACUUGAACUACCCUAACUCGUAUUUCACUGGCCUUGAGUGUGGACAUAAGUUUUGCAUGCAGUGCUGGAGCGAAUAUUUAACUACCAAAAUUAUGGAGGAAGGCAUGGGACAGACAAUUUCGUGUCCUGCUCAUGGUUGUGAUAUCUUAGUGGAUGACAACACAGUUAUGCGCCUGAUCACAGAUUCAAAAGUUAAAUUAAAGUAUCAGCAUUUAAUAACCAAUAGCUUUGUAGAGUGCAAUCGACUGUUAAAGUGGUGCCCUGCCCCAGAUUGCCACCAUGUUGUUAAAGUCCAAUAUCCUGAUGCUAAACCUGUUCGCUGCAAAUGUGGGCGCCAGUUUUGCUUUAACUGUGGAGAAAACUGGCAUGAUCCUGUAAAAUGUAAGUGGUUAAAGAAGUGGAUUAAAAAGUGUGAUGAUGACAGUGAAACCUCCAAUUGGAUUGCAGCCAAUACAAAGGAAUGCCCCAAAUGCCAUGUCACAAUUGAGAAGGAUGGCGGUUGUAAUCACAUGGUCUGUCGUAACCAGAACUGUAAAGCAGAGUUUUGCUGGGUGUGUCUUGGCCCUUGGGAACCACAUGGAUCUGCCUGGUACAACUGUAACCGCUAUAAUGAGGACGAUGCAAAGGCAGCAAGAGAUGCACAGGAGCGAUCUAGGGCAGCCCUUCAGAGGUACCUGUUCUACUGUAAUCGCUAUAUGAACCACAUGCAGAGUCUACGCUUUGAGCACAAAUUGUAUGCCCAGGUGAAGCAGAAAAUGGAGGAGAUGCAACAGCACAACAUGUCCUGGAUUGAGGUGCAGUUCCUGAAGAAAGCAGUUGAUGUCCUCUGCCAGUGUCGUGCCACACUCAUGUACACUUAUGUCUUCGCCUUCUACCUCAAAAAGAAUAACCAGUCUAUUAUCUUUGAGAAUAACCAGGCAGAUCUAGAGAAUGCCACAGAGGUGCUUUCGGGGUACCUGGAACGAGAUAUUUCCCAAGAUUCUCUGCAGGAUAUAAAGCAAAAGGUUCAAGAUAAGUACAGAUACUGUGAGAGUCGACGACGGGUUUUGUUACAGCAUGUGCAUGAAGGCUAUGAGAAAGAUCUGUGGGAGUACAUUGAGGACUGAGAAUGGCCCUGCAUAAAAUGAACUAUGAAAACUUUACCAUCUAGAGUGCUCAUGCAAUUAAAACAAACAAAACAAACACAAACAAGGAGGCAGUAAGCCUCUUCUGACACCGAUGGUCUGUAGUACCGGAAUUCUGUUUUGUUAACAGGAAGUUUAAGUAAAUUAUAUUGUAAUAAAAAAAAGGUAGAUAUAAACCAUUGUACAACAGUAUUCUAGGCCGCCAACAAGUGUGACAGACACACUUAAAAGCCCUCCAACUUUAACUUGUAACGUAGCUUCAUUCUCAAAGCUGACUUCUUUUUCCUGAGUGUAGUACAGUUAAAAUUCAAAACAGCUCUUUGACACUGCUUUUCACGUCCAAACCAUUCAUUUUGUUGUACUUUGGUAAAGAAUUUCUUCUCUUCCCUCCCUGACACAUACAAGUACACCCACACACAGACUGUCAUACCCCAAGGUCCCAAGUGAACGAUGAGUAGCUCCUUGUAAAGAAAAUUCUUGGGGCAGGGAAGGGUAGUAGCAGGAGGAUUAGACAAAAACACACAAAAAAACUUUGUAUAUGACUUUUAAAACAAGAGGACAACACAGUAUUUUUCAAAAUUGUAUAUAGCGCAUAUGCAUGGACAAAGCAAGCGUGGCACGUGUUUGCAUAAUGUUUAAUUACAAAAAUAUUUAUUCUUUAAAAAUCUUCAAGAUUAUGUCUAUUUGCUGUGCUUUUUCUUUGAGUUUGCUUUCUAUUUCUAGGGUGGGGUAACAAGUAUGUUGGUUUAGCUCCUCUGGAAGCCCUAACCCGGACUCUCUGCUCCCCUUUUCCGCUCCUGAGGUUACUGUGCCCUUUCUGGUUUGGUUAUGUCUGUUACUGGUCAGGGCCUCAUACCUGGCAUUCUCAGCUCCUGAUUGGGUACAAAACAAAUGUAUUAGAGGCUGAGUUUUGACGAAAUGCCAUGGCCUGAAAAGGGCUGCAGUGGGGAACUUUGUUGCUGUCGUUGAAGAUGACCCCAGCCCCACUCAUCUCCCUCACCGUGGCCUCGUCCAUCUCCCUAUGCCUUUGUGUGUUCCUGUCAUACGCACAGCUGAAGGCGUCCUAACCAACCAUCGCAUCCAGAGGAAGCAUUUGACAGUUUACUUCCUUUCAGAUUUUUCAUUUUUAAUUGCUGCUUUGAGCCUUUUAAGAUUUUAGUUUUGGCUCUUCUUUUACCCUUUCUCCAUGGUAGGGUGUCAAAUAGAAUGUUUUUGCUUUAAAUAUAAAUAAAUAGCCGUUCACUUAGUCUCAGAUUGUGAAUUUAAAAUGGCAGAUACUGAAAUUGCGUGCGUGCGUGUGCGUGUGUGUGUGUGUGUGUGUGUGUGUGUGUUGCUGUGGGUUCAGUUUGAUGGCAAAACACCUUUAGAACAUGAUAUUCUCAUCUAGUGCAUUUAAAUAGAAAUCACCGAGUUUGCUUCUUUUCUAUGGUCAGCAGGUAGGAGAAUAAUGCAUAUUAGCUGUGAUGUCCAUUUUUAAGAAAUUUCUACUAAGCUAUGUUAAAAGUAAAGGAUGGUGGUGGUUUUAUUAACUAUAUGCCUGUGUAUGCCAUUCUGGGUUACGGUAUUUUUCAACAGGUCAGCACCCCUAAAUCUCAGUUUUUCAUGGGAGUGCAGAGUGAACUAGGCAAUUAGAUUAAGAGGUUUUAAUAUUAAAUACCAAUUUUGGCUGAGGACCUCUUUGUCUUCCUUGAAAUGUCUUGCGCCCAGGGGAGUGUUUACCAUUUGUGAGGCAGCUGUGUCUGCUCUUGCACUGUACAUCUUAUUACUCCAUUGGGAAGUGGGUACACUUUCCUCUGGCCUUUUGCCUAAGUUAGGCUUUGCUGAAUCAACCCUACUUUUCCUUUUAGAAAAGGUUGUUACAUGAGAUGUACUUGCAACUGUUCUUUUCCCAUCCAGAAUCAGUGAAUGUUUGCGGAAUAUAUUAUGCUGCUUCCUUAAACCACUUGUCGCUUUAGGAUCAACUUGACCUGUGCCGUUCUCCUCACCUCCCUUGCCACCUCAGGUGUAAAUCUGAACUCAGCGUUCGCUUCCUCCAUUUUCUCUUCUCCCUUUCCCCGUCAUCCAGCUGACUCUACUUUAAAUGACUGCAUCAAUCUUAAAUACAUUUAUCAAAACAGAUUUUUUUAAUUAUUAUUAUUAGAAAGCUUGAAUAAGUUCCUUUCCCUGGUAACUUUGAAAAGCAGCCAGAGUUGCUUCAGAGAUGUAUGUGGCUCCUUUAACAUGCUUUGUGUAUGUUGUGUUCUUUUAAAACCUUACCAGUUAAACUUUGCAGUAUCUAGGUUUAAGUGUCAUAAAUCCUCUUCUCAUGCUCCCCUUGCACCAACUAUCCACGAUAGUUUGUGCAGUUCGGGAUGCCAGCCCCCAUGGAGGGACAGUGCUGUUAGAGAUAAUUUCUAGUUUCGGUGUUGGCGUACUACCUGAGAAUAUUGUAAUUGUGGGUGUAUUCUCUAAUUUGGAUCAGGGUGAACUGGCCUUUUCUACUCUGAGGCUUUUAAUAGCUAUCUCCAUAUUUGAAGAAAAAAAAAUCCCCACAUUAACUGCUUUCAUUGUAAGUAGCUCUGAUGCCCCAAACUGGGAUAGGCAAGCCAUAUUAUAUUGACAGCUUCCCUAUUUCACCUACCUAAGUCUUGCUAUCAGAGGGCUCUUCACCAUAAGCAUCAGGGAUUCCCUGUCUUCUUGAGAGCAGUUACAUUGUCUUUUGAAAAGUGCAUGCUUUGUUUAUUUGGACAGUUCAUGAAGCAGAGAUGGACUUUCAACAAUCUACAAUAAAAUUUUGAUUCGAAGCUCAGGACACAAACCACAGUGAUAAAUUUGAUUAGCACAGAGUAUCAUCAGGCUCUAAAUUCUGUGUAAUUUUCUGACCCAGAUUGUAUGUGUUUUUAUGUGUGUUUAAAUAAAAAUUAUUAAAUACACACGUGUAUACAUACGUAAGUAUACAACAGAUCCAAGACUGAUUGACUUGAUUUGAAACAGUUGAAUGGCAGUGUAAAAUGUGGUUUAGCCAUGGUUAGAAAUUGAAAUUUAGUACCAAGAAAGUAAUGGACUUGAUGUAACAGAUUCUGUUAGUUGGAAAUCCUGGUAUAGAGCACUUGGGGGUUGGGAGGGGGCGGGUUGGUGAGACAAUCAGAUUGGUAAAUUGAUUAAAUGCUCCUAACCCUGUAAUUUUGUGCAUAGAGCACCCUGUGCUGUGGAAAUAACUGUUCUUAGAUUUUCAUUGUAACUGGACUGUUCAGGUUGCCCAGAGGGAAAGAACAUUCCUAAUUCUAAUAAAAUAAACUUUUAUUUUGUUA